AUGGCGCUGGCAGCCGCAGCGGCUGCCGCCGCAGCAGCCGCAGGGGUGAGCCAGGCGGCGGUGCUGGGUUUCCUGCUGGAGCACGGCGGGCAGGUGCGCAACUCGGAACUGCUGAGCCGCUUCAAGCCGCUGCUGGACGCUGGGGACCCGCGCUGCCGCGCAGCCCGCAGGGACCGCUUUAAGAAGUUCGUCAACAACGUGGCGGUGGUGAAGGAGCUGGACGGGGUCAAGUUCGUGGUGCUGAGAAAGAAGCCGCGGCCGCGGGAGGGACCAGAGCCCCCGCACCCCUCCAGCCCUGGGGUGCCAGCCACACAGGCUGAGUGCACUGCCGUCCCAGCGGAGGAUAACUGCGUCUCCGGAGCUCCCCUUUCCCCACAGCCGUCCGAGGAACCGCUGGAGGACUUGUCCUCAUCAUCGGAGCUACAGCAUGCCUCGAGGUCCCCACCCUCAGGGGUCACCCAGCUUGGGGCUCCAUCAGACUCAGCGCCACAGCCCGGGGAACCCGAGGAUCAGGAGCUAUCCUGGCCCUCGGAGGGAGCCUCCGAGGUAGCUGCACCGGCCAGUGUGCCGUCGGGGGCAGCCUCGCCAAGCACAGAGUCGCCAGCCCCGGAGCCUGCACCUCCCAGGGCGCAAGUGCCACCGCAGAAGCCCUGCAUGCUGCCGGUGCGCUGCGUGGUCCCCGGCCCCGCGGCGCUGCGGAUCCGCGCGGAGGAGCAAGGCCUGCGCCGGCAGCGGUCGGAGGAACCCAGUCCGCGGGCCUCUCCGAUGCUCCUGCGGCGGCUCUCGGUAGAGGAGUCGGGUCUGGGCCUGCACCUGGGUCCCGGCCGCUCCCCUCAUCUCAGGCGCCUGUCGCGCGCCGGCCCUCGCCUGCUGAGCCCCGAUACGGAGGAGGUGCCUGCCGCGCCGCCGCCGCCGCCCGCGGUGCCCCUGGAGCCCACGGAGCACGAGUGGCUGGUGCGCACGGCCAGCGGCCAUUGGAGCCACCAACUGCACGGGCUGCUCUUGCGGGACAGCGGCCUGGCUGCCAAGCGUGACUUCAUGUCGGGUUUCACCGCUCUACACUGGGCAGCCAAGAGCGGCGACCGGGAGAUGGCUCUACAGCUGGUGGAGGUCGCCCGGCGUGGAGGCGCUCCCGUGGACGUGAACGCGCGCUCACACGGUGGCUACACGCCGCUGCACUUGGCGGCCCUGCACGGCCACGAGGAUGCAGCGGUGCUGUUAGUGGUGCGUCUGGGCGCCCAAGUGCACGUCCGCGACCACAGCGGCCGUCGUGCCUACCAGUACCUGAAGCCUGGCUCCUCCUACGCGCUGCGGCGUUUACUUGGUGACCCUGGCCUGCAAACCGCGACGGAGCCUGAUGCGGGCAGUGGUGGCAGUGGGAGCCUUGUUUCGAGGCACCCGGUGCAGGUGGCGGCCACCAUCCUCAGCUCCACCACUAGCGCGUUUCUGGGCGUCCUGGCCGACGACCUGAUGCUCCAGGACCUGGCCCGUGGCUUGAAGAAGUCGAGCUCCUUCAGCAAAUUCUUGGGUGCCUCGCCCAUGGUUCCCCGAAAGAAGACCAAGAUCCGUGGUGGCCUGCCAUCCUUCCAUGAAAUCUCUCGUCGACCCACCCCGGGGCCUUUAGCUGGAUUAAUGCCCAGUCUGCCCCCUCCAACCUGA